GUCGAUGUCGGUUGAACUAGGCCAACACAAUGUUGGGUGUUAGAUUGAUUAUUCUCCUCUGCAACUGUUUAGUUAUCGUAAGAGUUCACGGCCAGAGAAAGUUUCCGCCUGGAUUCAAGUUUGGCGUGGGAACCUCUGCGUACCAGAUUGAAGGUGCUUGGAAUGAUGACGGAAAAGGAGAAUCCAUCUGGGAUCACCUGACCCACAACUACCCGGAAAAAAUUGCAGAUCGAACGAAUGGUGAUGUGGCCUGUGAUAGUUAUCAUAAUUGGAAACGUGAUGUCGAGAUGUUACGGGAACUGGGAGUCAACAUGUAUCGAUUUUCGUUUUCUUGGAGCAGAAUCAUGCCUACCGGUAUCAGUAACGAAAUCAAUCCAGCUGGUAUUGACUACUACAACAAGUUGAUUGACGAACUGAUCAAGAACAACAUCGAAUCAAUGGUUACGCUUUACCACUGGGAUUUACCGCAACGUUUGCAGGAGUUGGGUGGUUGGACCAGCAGAGAGCUUAUUCACUAUUUCAAGGAAUAUGCGAGAGUGGCUUUUGAAACCUUCGGCGAUCGUGUCAAAUGGUGGACAACUUUCAACGAACCUUUGCAAACGUGUAUGUUUUCCUAUGAAUUUGAUUCGAUGUCCCCAGGUUAUGAUUUUGCGGGGAUCCCGUGCUAUUUGUGUACUCAUCAUCUUUUACUAUCACAUGCUGAAGCCGUCCACUUAUAUAGGACGGAAUUCCAACCAACUCAAAAAGGUAUUAUCGGAAUCACCGCGGACACUUCUUGGAAUGAGCCAAGAAGUGAUUCAGCGGAAGACCGUGCGGCAGCUGAAAGGUCAUUACAAUUUUAUCUCGGAUGGUACAUGCAUCCCAUUUUUUCAAAAUCAGGAAAUUAUCCGCAAGUGAUGAUAGAUCGUGUUGGAAACCUUAGUCAGCAGCAGGGUUUUAUCAAUUCUCGAAUGCCACGGUUCACCGGGGAAGAGAUCGAACGCCUGAAAGGUUCAUCGGACUUUUUCGGGAUCAACAGUUACACAACUUCCAUAGUGUACCCGAAUGAUGCAGAAAACUCAGCCCACUAUAGGAUUCCUUCAUUUGAUCACGAUCGUAAUGCUAUGGGCUAUCAGGAUCCUGCCUGGCCCGAUAGUGGAUCCGAUUGGUUGAAGGUGUAUCCCAAAGGAAUGUAUAGUUUGCUGAGCUGGAUACGAAGCGAGUAUGACAAUCCUCCGGUUUACGUCACCGAAAAUGGAGUCAGCGAUCGUGGGGGGACGAAGGAUGUGGCACGUAUCGACUACUACAAUCAGUAUUUGAACGCAGUUUUGGAUGCCAUGGAAGAGGGCUGUGACGUGAGGGGAUACGUUGCGUGGAGUCUGAUGGAUAAUUUCGAGUGGCGAGCUGGGCUGACAGAACGAUUCGGGUUGUACUAUGUAGACUACGAGGAUCCCGCAAGAACUAGAAUCGCCAAGAGUUCUGCUAAAGCUUAUGCCAAUAUAGUCAAAACGAGAGUGAUUGAUCCCAACUACUAUCCGGAGCCGGAUGUGUACAUACCUGGCCCUAAUAGUGGGAUUAGCAAGACUAUCACAAAAUUUAUCUUGAUAGCAGGUUUCAUUAUUCAGGUAAUGCUAUUUUAUUAGACGAGAUAAU